AUGAAAAGAGCAUAUCACUCUGAAAACUGGAAAAUUUCUUUAGGAACACGUAAUAAUUUGUUGUUUAACGGUAUUCCACACGUUCCUAUGUUAGUGGAGAAUAUUUCUACGUUUAUUUCUUUCGAAGAUUACAAGGAAAAUGGCAUUAAAACAAUACAAACAUUAGGAGAACUUGUUCCAAAUACUGAAACGUAUGCUAUUCUUUCAUCUUUAACACGCGGAAAUAAUUCAGAAUUUCCUGUUAGUUUCAGAAAUUUAAAUGUUAAUGAUAUAUACAUCAAGAAUUCAGAUGGUACAUAUUGUGCAAUUUGGAAUAAACACAAGGUGUUUAAAAUAUAUGGAAUAUUGAAGAAAAAAGUAUUUGGACACAUUCUAGUGGCUAGCCAUUUGGUACCAGUACAUGAUGUACCAGGUACAUGGAAUAUAAUGACAAUCUUAAUGUCAACUGCACGUUCAGAAUAUCGACAGUAUAAUCGUACUAAAGGACAAAAUGAUAUGUUAGAAUUACAAUGGGAUAAAAUGAAAAGGGAAAAGAAACGAUUAGUGAAUGAACAGCCAAUCUAA